AUGGCUGCAAUAUCUUUCACCACUGCUGCAUCUGUGUCAUCCCCUACCAACUCUGUAGCAUCUGCAACACCUGUACAUUCAGUUGCAACCUUGCCAUCACCCACCAUCUCUGCCACAGCACAAUCACCUAUAACCUUAGCAAAAUCUGUGCCUUCUCACUUCAGCUUAAAAGCAGUUGUGGUAUCAACCACCACCACCACAGCAACAGCAGUACAGGACAACCUCAACAACAGUACCUCAGCAACAGGGUUAACAGUUGUUAACCAAUGUAUCCAAGAGGCUUGGUCAGGAAAAAAUGUCUAUGUGUUGCUGUCCAGAAUUGGACCAUACAAAAUCUUCUUUGCAGACAUUAAUAAAACUGCUCCAAAUAAUGAGCUUGAAAGUGAGGUCAUAAAUGCAUACAUGUCUCUUCUUGUAAAGAGAUUCAAUACACAUUCAGAAGUACAAGCAUUCCAAAUUGACACAUUUGAAAUGACAAAAAUCUGGAAUGGAAAAAGAUCAAAACUAAAGGUUGAUCCCACAAUGUACAAAUAUCUCAUUGGCAUUGUGAAUGACCAUCACCACUGGACAGUUGUGAUUAUGCUACCAUCCCAAAGGAGGGCUUUGUUCCUUGAUCCCAUGGGAGAAAUUUCUAAAUCUAAAAAGGUGUCAGGAUGUAUCAAGGAUGCCAUGUGUCAAGGUGGUCUUGCCGAACGCUGUCUCACCCAAAGCAAAAAGAUGGCACAUCAUGUGGUGUCUUUGCUUUGA